UUCCCGUUCGCCGUGCAGGAAAGAUUAUCUUGUUUCGGGCUCUGAACACAAACACAAGUACCGAACUGUUGUGACCAACUUAGUCUCAUCCUCUAGUGUCUAUACGUUUUCCGCCAGCAUGGCAUUCGCACGCUAUUGAUCCAUCGCCCCACCGUGUUUUGUUUCACAUCUCCUCGAAUUUUUCAUCGGUGUUUUUUUUUUUUUUUCUUGCUGGGUGGGUCGUAACGGUUCCAAUCAACGAGGCACGCGCUUGCAUUGGAUAACCUAUUUGCUACAAUGGCCCGAUACAUCGCCCUUGGGAUUUGGACGUUUAUUGGCACGGCAAUUUUAUGUUUUAUUGUCUCCACUGCCCAUGGGUUUGACUCCAAUGCGCAGAGUCAAUUCAACAGUGAAGAGGAGGUGGCUAAUCGGCAUUCUGCGCUUGGCGUUCGAAACAGUCGGCGUCGAGCUGGUGGGGCCAUUAAAUAUAAAAAAGUUAGCGUCAUGCAAAGUGAUAUGGAGAAACCCGACGUGUUUGAAGUGGCAGACAUGGGACAAAACAAAACGCGUCGAUUAAAAACCAAAACGUCGCAUCGCCACACAAUGAUUUACAAACCGACAAAGAAAAGAAUAUCCCAAUCGAAAAAGAACAGCUUUACAUCAUCGACGAGCACGACUCAAUCACCGGAAGUGAAAGCAGAAGAACUGCCUGACAGUUACCGAAGAACGAAAACGUGGCAUCAGGUGCAACCCGUCACUGAAAUUAUUGACAGCUUCAUUCGUCCGACCAAACGCAAUCGAUUGCGCGUCAACAGCCGCCAACAAACGUCCACGCACGAACCGACGACGACAACUCUAACUCCAAAAGUAACAAAAGAUCCGCUUCGACCAAUCUCUCGCGUCCGCAGCGGCGCCAUUACGACGACCACAUCGAAAUCUACCACGUCGAAAUUCCUCCGUUUGGAUCGCAAACCCAAUCGAUGGCAGAGCAAUGCAUCAAACGAAAACAACCGCCAGCAGCCAACCAAAAUCAGUGAAACAUCAGUGACAUCUACAACUGAAUCGACCACCGCCAUCCCUGAAAUUACAACCCAUCCGUCAAGGGAAGUGUUCCAGGUCACUCCAGACACCGUUCCCGACCCUCACGAUUCAUCAGAACGACCCGAAAUCGAACAUGUCAAAGAAGAAUCUUCCAUACGGAAGGUAGCCGCUAAACCGGACAAAAUCGCGUACUUUGACAUGAACGAUCCGGCCGCAAAUGUCAACAGCGGGACCCGGAAUUCACAGGAGAGGACCGUUCGACCGAGGAUACACGUGCCGAAGAAAGAUCACGACAUCCAACGUCCGUCUCAAGAGCCCAUUCUGUUGCAAACAAAGGAGCAACGAGAACAGCAACAGUUAGAGGCGAGUGGUAAGCGCAAAGCAGAAGAAUCAGCCCAGCUCUCGAGAACACGGCCGAGAAUACCACAAAGCGAGUCAAAUGCUCAACCGCAAUCUGAAACGGACGAAGAAACGGAAAGGCGGCACGAAAAGUACGAAGCGGAAAAAAGUAAGCAGCUGGAACGCUUGAGACAGACCAACGUGGCAGGUGCCACGCAGUUUGAAGUGGACUUGCCUAAAGCGCGCAGAAUUCCCUCCAGAACUGAUUAUUCUAAUUCGGCCGUUCAACAUUCGGCGCCCGUCAAACUGAACGAAGAAUCAAAGGAUUCUGGCCGGCUGCCUCCGUCAGCCUACGGCCAACGGCUUCCAUCAUCGGGACACGGUAAUUUACCAUCAGCUGAUUCUCGUCCAUCGCAUCCAGAGUUUGAAGCUUCUUAUCCAUCACCUGGGCAUAAGCCUGAACAACAAAGAUACACUGAUAGCCCAUCCAGCUAUUCGGAACGUCCGCCGAAUCGGGUACGUCAUCGACAUCCUGACGUUGUAACUGGCCGGCCCGAUGAAGAUAGGAGAUCGACCUAUAAGACCACAGCCCCACCUAUUUAUGGCGAAGAGAAAUACAAGAGGCCCGAAUUAAUUUACACACCCCCAGAGAAAGAAUAUCAGCCGCCAUCUGCUUAUCUGACCGGUCAUGGAACUUACCCGCGUUUGAGAAUCGUCUACCAACCUGCCUCGUCUUCAGUUCCACCUCCUCCAGUCACUUAUGAGCCUCCGCAUUUAGAGUACAUGCCGCCGGCGGCAUCACCUCCGCCUAGAAUUUAUGUGCCUCCCGUGGAAGAUUAUAAACCUCCUUCAACUACAGCUGUUCUUCUUCACGGCCGUCGGCAAGAGGAAGAAACGCCACCUGCCAGGCAUCCGCCACGGCUAGAGGCAAGCCGAGUGAAUGAAGAUUUGCGCAAGUUGGAAGAAAGCAAUACGUACACACGGCUAGUUUCGGUUGGCCACCCGUCCAUCAAAGAACUACCGUAUCCACCUCAACGGAACGCGCCAUCCAGCCGGCCAGCCCAGACGAUUGAACCGGCUAUUACGGAGGACCCUUACAUCAGGACUUACGAACGGCUACAAAGCGUCAGGGAUAAAGGCGAAACGCUUCAAGAACAUCCUACUCGCGUGUACCUUCAACCUGCUGCUCCAAAAUCGCACGUAGUUGAAGGGACGUUCAUCGUUGAUAACACUGGAACGCAAAUCAAUGAAAGACCACGUCCCAGCUACGCCGGAUCGAGUUUGAUCGUUGGCAAACCUUACUAUCAGAAAGAAGAAGUGCCGGUGAAAGUCAAUCCUUAUUUAUCUUACCGCCCUUCUUAUGAUACUGAAGUGACCCAAAAACCUUAUUCACCUCAUUUGGCUGAUGUAAACACCGGACGGCGUUAUCCAGAUGCACCUCCUUCGUCCAAUUCCGGCCAGCAAAUUCAUCAAUCUAAUCCAGUUUACAAGGCCUACCAACCUAGCAACGCGUACCAACAGCAAAUUAACGAACCUUUUCAGCCUAAAGAGCCACGUCAACUUCAACAACCGGCUCCGGUAUCGGAGAAGCCUUACAUCAUCAGCUGGCCAGAGCGGGACGACUUGGAAGUGGCUGAUUAUCGACAUGAGAACGUCAUUCCAGUCAGUGAACAGCCACCGUACAAGCCGUGUGAUCUACCAGAAGUGGCCGCCUUGAGACUGGAGAAACCUCUCAAAGAAAUACCGUACGUGGCGUCGGAAAAGCCUAUCACAGUUACAGUCCGGCCUUACGGCUUAGCUACGGCGGAAUCUGAGCGUAACGAAAAUCUUUACCGGCCUCCGGGACGCAACAGCCACCCUCGAUCGCUCUCAUCCGAGCCCAGAACAAAUGUGAGAAAUGAUCUAAAACAAACGAUAGAUAAGGAACAACAAGAUGAUGCUCGGGACGUGGCUGAACAACGGCCGAAACAUCAGUCAGAACAGCAGACGAACAUUCCGGUUUCGUUCUUACCUGUCGGUCCGGUGAGAGCGUACCAAGUGACUCAGGCCAUUUAUCCAUCGCCUCCGCCUCGAUUUUUGCAAUUUCCCGCACCGCUACCGAAUCCUUUUGAGAAUCAAUUUGCCUCUCCGGCUACGCCUCCACCUACUCCGCCUCCGCCAUCAUCUUCGGCUACCUCAGAUUCGUUUGGCAGCCAUAAUUUGCCUUCGGGUGACACUUGGUCCGUCAAUCCUCUCUUCCCCAAUCAACAACAGUUUCCGAGCAGUCGUCCGUUCACUAGCAGCAUUCAAUCUCAAUCACCUGAGGAACCUGUUCAUUCUGAACGAAUCGCACGCUACCGAUCUGCCUCAACUUACCGCGAGAAUCAGAGACUCAAUCGAAGUCUGACGUAUGAUUCGAUUCCGUCCUACGAGCAACAACAACGGCCGUCUGAUGAAAGAGUUAGAGAAACUGUUAGGCAAACGGAUGUAGAAGAUGAAAGGUACCAUCAAAAGCAUCACGAUUACAACGAUCCUGAUUCAAGUGAAACGUUUCAUCAACAACGAAAUGAAUCGCUGUACGAUCAUCGUGAAAAGCCCUCCUACCUUCAAGCGCCGCCUGGCUACGAAGAGCCGGCCAUACAAAACGGACGGAUCCAUCCCUUUCAAGAAGACCCAACAGAUCACGAUUCUUCAUCAUCGGGAGGGGAUUUUUCGGGAGUCAAGGGCAUCCCGGGUGUUGAUUAUCCGAUCCUUCACGCCAUCCCCAAUGAUCUGAAAUUCAAAUGCGAACUGGUGGACUCGGUGGAUACCCACCAUCCGGCCUAUUACGCCGAUCCGUAUACUCGAUGUCAGGUAUUUCACGUCUGCCAAGCGAGUCGCGCCAAAAAUUCAUUCCUCUGUCCGAACGGCACCAUCUUUAAUCAGAAGGUUCGCGUGUGUGAUUGGUGGCACAACGUUCAAUGCGACGAGUCUUCGGCGUAUUACAACGUUAACGACGAUAAUUACCAGUUCAAACAUUAAACUUUCGAGAGCUGUUCUUUUGAAACGAAUAAGCUUCAUCCUCAUUUUCAUCCUCAUUUACAUAUAUACAUAAUUACAUAAUGCCACAACCUGAAGCUGUUGACGACAGGUUGGUCAAUGGCCGUUUUACCUUUUGAUGAUCUAUGCAUGUUUUUGUCUAAAUGUUUCGCUCGUAAACAAAUGCGCUUUUACAUUGUACACGCAAACCGGAGCUGGUCUUCGGCCACAAGCGAUGCCUUAAUACAUUUGAUACGAUUAAAUUUGAA